AUGGAGAAUAAAAAUGAUUUCAGGUAUGGGGAUUACGAUGUUUUGGGCGCUGUUUUGGAGAAAUAUCUGAAAACGACAGAUAACAUCUUGCAGAUUGGCUGUGGGAACUCACAGCUAGCAGCGCAAAUGUACGAUAAUGGUUUUCGCGCAGUUCACAGCAUAGACACAGACUCGGCCGUGAUUGAUGAGCAGCGUUUACGGAACAAGCAUCGUCCUGAGCUUGUUUUUGAUGUGGAUGAUGCCACCUCUAUGUCAUUUGACGACGAGUCCUUCUCCGUUGUUGUCGACAAGGGCACCCUUGACGCCCUAUUACCUCCUGACACAACACCUCUGCAGCUGAAUUCUGUUGAAAAAAUGUUUGCAGAGGUCGAUCGCGUACUUAAAGUGGGGGGACGUUAUCAAAUCAUCACUCUUGCUCAACAACAUAUCGUGAAGUUCUGGAUUGAACAUUUCCGCAAAACGUUGGCUUUUUCCCAGUUUAUCUUGGAAGAAAAUUAA